GAAGGGCCAGGGGUAUUGCCAUGGAGAGAACUGUAAAGGCUCUACAUCAAAAGUAGUGGUGGGGAAAAUGAUGAUGACUCUGACCAGAACUGGAAGCCACCAGAAAAUGACCUGAUCCAGAAGUUAAUUGCACAGAUUGAAUAUUACUUCUCAGAUGAGAACCUUGAGAAAGAUGCCUUCCUUCUAAAGCACGUGAGAAGAAAUAAGAUGGGCUAUGUCAGUGUUAAACUCCUCACUUCUUUUAAGAAGGUGAAACACCUUACCCGUGACUGGAGAACCACAGCCUAUGCACUGAAGUACUCGGACACUCUUGAGCUCAAUGAUGAUAAAAAAAAGGUUAGAAGAAAUACUCCAGUUCCAGUGUUUCCAAGUGAAAACCUUCCUACCAGGAUGUUACUGGUGUAUGAUAUCCACAUGAUAGCUGAGCUGCAGGCUUUCAAGAAACAAGAAGAAAAUGGAUGCAUGCAAGAAAGGAUAAUGGAGCACCUCCUCAAAGCCUUUGUAACUUUUGGUGUAAUUUCAUCAGUUCGUAUUCUCAAGCCUGGCAGGGAUCUACCACCUGAUAUCAGAAGGGUCAGCAAUCGGUACACCCAACUGGGAACUCAGGAAUGUGCAAUCAUAGAAUUUGAAGAAGUAGAUGCUGCCGUACGUGCUCAUGACUUCAUGUGUGCUGAAAAGAAUGAGACUGGCAUGAAAGUUGUCCUAAUAGGCAUGAAACCUCCAAAGAAAAAAGUUCCCAAAGACAAGAACCAUGAUGAAGAUACCAGCAAGAGUCUUAAGAAGGCUAGAUCCCUUAAUAAGAGAGUUGAGGAACUUCAGUUCGUUGGUGAUGAAUCUUCAGCAAAUAGCUCUUCUGACCCAGAGAGUAAUCCUACAUCACCAUCGUCAGGACGCAAAAGUACCACAAGUAAUUUGAGCCCUGUCAUUCCCUCAAACAACCAUUUGAGUCCUAACGUGUCACCCAGAUCAAGUCCUUGGAACAGUCCAUCUUCACUAAGAAAAGUAACCAAGAAGUCUCCACUGGCUGAAGACAGAAAGCUUAACCCAAGCACUAGUCCUGAAAUUUCAAGGAAAUGUAUGGAUUAUUCCUCGGAUAGCAGUAUCACUCCUUCCGGUAGCCCCUGGGUACAGAGAAGAAAAGCUCAAACUGUAACACAAGAGAAGAGCCCCACCAGUAGCCCCAUGUUAGCUCGGAAAAUACAAAAUGCAGACGGUCUGCCUGUAGGGGUGCUGCGGCUACCUAAAGGUCCUGAUGGCACUAAAGGAUUCCACAAUGGAUGUGAAAGAAGGAAGGCUGCAAAGAAUGAAUAA